AUGACGGGGGAAAUGGUCGGAGAUGAAGAUCAUCAGCAGCCAGUUUUGAGAAAUGUUGGAUUUACGGGCAUUGCACCUAUCAAUAAUGAUUUUUUUAUUAAUCUUAAUCGCCAAUUAAGGGAGGCUAGUGAUGAAUCAGAAGUUCCUCGGGAUGGAGAUGGUAAGUUUACAUAUAGAGUUGUAGGGGUGCCAAAAAUUGAUCGCGAUACUGGAAACCAAGUUUGGACUGAUGAACAGCCUUAUUAUUUGGAAGAUGAAAAUGGAAAGGUUAUUGGCGAAGCAACCCAACCUGACGGCGAAAUAACUGGAAACUUCCCAUAUUAUAAAUUGUUAAAUACGUCUAAUAAUACUUUAAUUAAGUUGCCGCAAAGGAUGGAAAAAGUGCUAACUGAUAGUUUUGGAAUUGAGCAUGAAGAGUUUGAAGAAUUAAUCAAAGGAUGUGUAGAAAAUUCUGAUGAUUUUGCAGACAAUAUCCAUCGUCUUCAGUUUAGAGGUGAUAAGAAUUCCUGGCCAAAGCCAAGUAUUAGAGAAACUUCUCUCGCUGAACUUUUGAAUAUUCCAGAGAUUAGAGAUAGUAUUACUGGUGAUAAUAAUAAUCACCAACCAAAAUUAGUCAGUAUUGAGCAAAUUGAAGAUUUUAAUGAAACAUUAACGGGUUUAGAGUUUUCUACUAAUUAUCGUAAAUUUUAUGGGAAGGUUUUAGGAAAUGGUUUAGAAAGGCAAAGAAAACUUCAAGAAAUAGAUGAAGUCCUUUUUAAAAAAGUAAGGAAUAAAGUUAAUGAUUUGAAAGAUUUGAAAAAAUUAGUUUUGGGAGACACUGAAGAGAUCAAAAAUGAUAAAGAGGAGUUUAAUGGUAAAGAAAUGAUAAAGAGAGUUGAGUUGGCGGAAUUAAUGAAAGAACUAUUAAAAAAAGAAAGAGAAGCAAAUCCUAAUAAUAAUCAUGAAAAUGAUAAACAAGGAAACGAGCAGGUUUCGGAGUUAGAAAAGGCAAAAUUUAUUGCUAUUCAAAGAAUUAGACAAGAAUUAACUAAAGAUCCAGAAAUUACUGAACAGGAAUUAGAAGAAGAUAAGAGAAGAUGA